AUACUUCGCGAUAUUGGAUUCGAUGGCGAGCACGAUGACGAUGUCGCGGGUGCGCGUGGUCGAUAGAUAGACCGGCUGUGUCACCGUGAUCUUCACUGUGGCCCUUUUCGCGAAGUGUGCACGUGUACGCAAUGACGAGACGACGGAGACGGCGACGGCGAUGGCGAUGGCGAUGACGUUGGCAUAACGGUGAUGGUUUCACUCGUUCUCUUCCAUCACGCGGAGCAAGGCGGCUAAAAGGAGGGAUGAGGAGACGAAAUGAGGAGAGAAGAUCUUUCGUCUGGACGCACGACGUGCACACGUGCGCGCAAUCACGUCUUACGUAUACGUAUAUACGGUUAUACGUACGUACACACGUGGACGCCGAGAUCUGCUUGGCGUCCUUGUGGGAACGUUAGCAACCAGCAAGUAGACGGAUUUCCGCGAUAAAGAGAAAAGGUUUUCGUUCGGAAGAUAACUGGUUGUAGCCUUGAAAAUGGAGGGUGGGAUUAGCAGGCUGGAUUGCUACGAGGAUAUGUUUAAGGAAAUUACGAGAAAACUUUAUGGCGAGGAUCCCGAUCAUAGAACGUCAAGUGUACAAAACGAAUUCGAAACAUCAGUUUCGUACAAAAAUGAUGAAGAUACCGGGAACGGGACUGAUGGCAGUGACGACGGGAAUUGGACAUGCGAAGAUGAGCCGCUCAAAGGUACAGACGGGAGCCGAAUUGCAGCUUACCAUGCUAGCAAAGCAACAUGGCGAUGUUAUGAGUGUGGCGACGUGAUGGGAGGUGGACCACGAGAAGCUGCGGAACAUUUCAUGGAGCUUCACUCCUCGCGAAUUCUAGCUGAUGAAAGCCGGCACAGACACCACUCUCCCCGUAAAGAUUAUCUGCAGGCGGACUUGAAGGUGGAUGACGUGGUAACAUACUUGGAAAGGUUGAGGGAAAGGGCUGAGCGAGCGGCACCACCGACUCGGCGAACACAAGAGACGCAAACCCUGCCCGCGACUCUAUUGCCCAUGACCCCCACCUUUCUGCUGCAAGAGUUACCCUCCGCCCCACAGCAGCCUCAGCAUCUACAUCAAACCACUCCACCACCUUCAACAUCGGCGCCAUCGACGUCAGCGGCGGCUAAACGUUACAAAUGCCAAUGCUGCCCCUACGGUACUGAUAGGCGCGACCUCUUUGUUCGUCACGAGAACAUACAUCGCGAGGAGAAACCCUUCUACUGUUACAUGUGCCACAAGCCAUUCAAUCGUGCAGACCACGUGAAGAAACAUUUCUCUCGUAUGCAUCGUGAUGACACGUAUGACGUAUCUAGAAUAAGGAAACCGCCGGAACAGAAGCCAAUAGUACAAGACCCGGCGGAAGUCCCGGGGCCUAGUAAUAAUGUGAAUGGCCCGCAACAGCAGCACGUUAGUUACCAAUCUUUCGCCGGCAACAGAGAUUAUCAAAUUCAACCUACACCUAGUACGAGCAACAGCGCUGCGAUGUAUCAAGCGCCGACCGUACAAAAUGUCACCAACGCAAUUCCUGCGCCCGAAACCAGUACUAAUCGAAGAGGACAAAACAGCGGAUGUCAUAGCAAAAGCCAUACUAAGAGCAGUUCGAAGAACACGUCCGAGCGAAGGUUUGCUUGUAAUUACUGUUCGUGGACGGGGGCAGAUAAUUGGUGUUUGAAAAGACAUCACAACACACAUAUUAAACCUUAUCAAUGCACCAUGUGUGAAUAUCGAGCAGCUCGCUCGGAGAGGCUCGCAACACACAUGACGCGAGUGCAUAGUAAAUAUCAAUGCACUAAGUGCGGCACUGUAUGUGAAAAUGAAGGAGAGCUGGUCCUACACCAACAUCAGUCACAUAAGAUGAACAAUGCAUCGACUGCAUCGACCUCACGAGCUUCUAUACCUACGACGAGUCGGGUUACAAUGCAACCUACAAUGCACCCAUCUGGAGGAGGCCGUGCGCCACCAGGGCCUCCUGUUUUCCCAGCUCCGGCUCAACCUAUUAUUCCACAAACAACAGCAACUAUUAUGCCGCCCACUACUACCAUUUUGGGCCACGAGAUGGUAAAGUCGCCUGCAACUGCAACGACUAUGGCAUACCCCACGGAGGAGGAGAAGCGGUCGUACCGUCGCGCCGUCAACGAUGACGACAACGUCAACGGUGACGACGACGUCAACCACGACGACGUCGACCACGCCGACGACGACGACAACGACGACGACGACAAUGACGGCGUCGUUCGGAGCAAUGGUAACCGCGAGGAACGCAAUCGUGACUUCGGCGCGUGUCGCGUAUGCAGUUUCAAGGGCGAUAGGGACUUUAAAUCAUGUAGCGAUCACAGUAUUAGAUGUAUUAAGGAGGACGUUACUGAUGUGUCUAACAGGCCGCUUGCUCCUAUAUGUGGCAUUGCGUCCCUUCAAUGCCCCAUAACCAUAUACUACGAUAAAACACAAGACCCAGAAUUAUUUCGUACCAUCAACUUAUUACUAAAAAAACGGAUACGGAAGCUGAAGAUGAGAUCAACCAUCACCGUCCCCUCGGUUUCUAGAAGCAUCAUUCAACCCCAGACGCAGGAUAUACAAGUGAGAAAACGUCGGAGGAAGCAGUUGUAUCCACAAAAGUUAGAUGCACAUAUGCUGGAAUCCGAAGAAGAUGUCGGUGAGAUGUGGUCGAACUCUAUAAAUCAGGUAAAAAUUAAAAUUAACAAUGAUAAAGCGCCAUUAAGAUUAUUCAGGUGCAUUCUGUGCCCGAGGCAUACGGCCGCGCGAGGUAUAAUCGACGAGGGACAUAGACCAUAUCACACUCGGGCUUCGUUGUUAUUACACAAACUCUGGCGUCACAGACGACGAGUUAAGUCUGUUCAGGGUCAUAUGUCCAUCGACAAUGUAUCGUCACUUACCUCCUCGAUCACACUAAAAGCUAUUUUCGUCGCUAGGCCGAAUUACAAUUAUUACAGAUAACAUUGUCCGAGCGCAUGUAUUGUAAUUCUACGAGUCCAAUUCGUCGACCAUAGCUUUUACACGAGGCUCUCCUCCAACUUAUAAACAUUCUUCCGAUACCUUCGUAUUCGCAGGUGAAUAUAUUGUUUGUCUGUCUACAUAAGCGACUCAUUCGUUGCGCAACAACUAUUUAUACCCGUGAAUCCGAAGGUGAAUUUCGUAUUCGUACAAGAUGUUUAUAUUUGCGGUAGAGGAGAUUAUCAAAUGUAUCAAUCCGUUUUUUCUUGUGUAACACGUUCGUUAGCUAUACGUAUUAACAUCAUCUCUCACGAGAAAUCAGCGUCACACAUAACAAUGAUCAUUUUUCUCUCACUUUUUAAAUAGAAGAAAACUGAGUUUGUUUUACAUAUUUAUGUAAAAAUUAUACAAAGUGAAAUGCAGAAUUCCCCGAAUGAACCGUGGUAGCGAACGUGUUAUGACAAGUUAGUACGUAACUUAGUACCAAGUACAAAUACCAAUUAUAUUUAUUAUUUUGAUCUUUUACUGUAUUUUUUUAACAUGAUGAACCUCGUAUCUCUAUAAUUAAAAUCGAAUGUUGUAAGAUUUAUGCGAUGCAAUUUGAUACUGGCAGCAUAAGAAACGAGAAGAUUGUUCUUAGCGAAAUUGGACAAAGAAUGGGACGGCACGUAUGGUUGCACGGAUGAUUUGGUAAUUAUUCGUUUCAACGAACAUUCGAUAACCUUGACCUUAAUAUGUGUCGAAAAUAUUUUCCUGAGUAACUUCCAGGAGGUUCAGUCGAUGGUUUUCGUUUAUUAAAAAAUUAAUUCCAAUUAAAAUUUGAAAGUAAUAACGAUAUUUACUAAAUCAAAACAUGGUAUAAAUAUAUAUGACCUUUUCGAAUAAAUAUUUAUAAAUAUAUUCAGCGUAAAUCGUUGUUCGACAACUAUUUCUACCCGUUAAUCCGAAGGUGAAUUUCGUAUUCAUACAAGAUGUUUAUAUCGCGCAGCGUAAAUAUUGCCUUAUUAAAUUGAAGAGUAUAUCUUAUAAUAAAAUAACAAAUCUUGUGGAAUGAGAUUAGCAAGGACUUCUAUGCAAGGCUUAUGCUUAAGCGACUUACCACUGAGAUAUAUUGCCUAGUAUAUUUUAUUAUAUAUUUAAACUUUGACCUUGUGAUUUAAUAAUAAUUUAUCAGAAAUAAAGAUCGACGGCUGAAACUAUCUGGAGGUUAUUCAAAAGGAUACUCCCGAUAACAUACGUCAAGAUUAACGUCAUCGGAACUGUGUCCGUUAAAAUGAAUAAUUAUUGAUAGUUCAUGCAAGGAAAAUAACAAUAAAGAUUAGAAAAUUCCCGUGAAAUAUUUGUAAAAUAUUUCGCUUGGGUAGCUACUGGCUUCAGAUUGUCAUGUUCUUCGCAUGAACUCUAUCGUAAUCAGGAUAAGCGGCUAAAUUUGCUCGAGAUGAAAGUCACACGAGAUGAGCAUUAUUAUUUAGUAUCUUACUUUACGUUAUAAUUUAGAGGAAUAUUUCUUAACAUACAUUAAUAAGAGACAACAAAUUUACAGUUUAUUAGAAAGAUAUACAAGUGUUCGUAAUUAAUCAUUCUUCUCAGAUUGAAUUGUGCAAACCAAGAACAACAGCUGCUUCCAUUCUGGUUACGAUAAAGUUCAGUAAACGUACGAUUCGAUCAAUUUACCUUAAAUGGGGAGAAUUUGCCGACGUUAUAUGCAGUUAUUCCAAAUGCCGAAGAUACUAGUUAAAAAUUUUGCAAGUUUACCGAAAUAUUGGACCAGUUAAAAAAUUUGGUUUAUUUAUUUGAACACUUUAUCAUUUAUUUCAUCAUCAUCAUCAUCAUCAUCAUUUAAUA